AUGUUGUUCCUCCGGAAGCUGGCAGUUCUGCCAGUCAUCGUCGGGUUGGCGAGCGCCAAGUGCGAGUGUGGAUACUCUGUAGACAUCGAUAAUAAGUCGUGGACCUUUACAGACAUGUUGGAAAGCGACCUUGUCCACCUCAACCUCAAGCAGCCGGGCCUGGAAUAUGGCGAGCUUGGGUGGGCACCGCAACAAUUCAACGUCUCCAAGACCGCCGGCCGGGGGCCACACGGCGAAAUCUACAGUGUCGACAACGUAAAGUCAAACAUUAUAGGAGACGACUCGGUCUUCACUGGAGACGGUCAAAAUGGCGGGCCGGCAGGCUUGCAGCUUCUUGUUGGGGGCAGUCUGGUUAACGACAUGGUCAUGGUGUCAGAGGUUGCGACCGCAAACCAGCAUUACACAUAUGGGACCUACCGAGCCAGUAUCAAGGUCACUGAUGUGCCUGGCACAUGCACUGCAUUCUUUUGGUACUUCAAUGAUACGCAAGAGAUCGAUAUCGAAUUCCUCUCGUACGACUUCAACCGUAACAACAAAUCCUUCCCGGUCAAUCUUGUGCUGCAGUCGACAGAGUCUGCACAAGCGGGACAUGAUGCGUCUGGGACAAAAGAUUUCAAGAAGGUCUACCUGCCAUUUGAUCCGACGGCAGACUUCCACGAAUACCGGUUCGACUAUGUUCCUGGCAAGGUCACAUUCUAUGCCGACGGCAAAGAGCUCGCCGAGAUGACGGGUGACUCCGUUCCGACCACCUCGGGUCACUUGCUCAUGUCUCAUUGGAGCAAUGGUAACCCCGGCUGGUCCCAUGGGCCUCCGACUCAGGAUGCAAUUUCGACCGUCAACUAUGUCAAAGCCUACUUCAACUCAUCUGACGCCCAAAGAAAGAGUGCUUAUGCGGCCCGGUGCACUAAUCCUGCUUCGCCCGAGGUAGUCUGUGCAAUCCCCAAUAACGACCCGACGUUCUUCUUUGGGCAUGAAGACGGCAUGGCUCCGGGCCAGACCGUCUACACCGACACCAGCAUGGCAAGCUCGUUGAUUGUGACUGCGUCAAGGUGGCUGCCUCUUGCCGCACUCUCGCUGCUCUGGAGGAUGAUGAGCUCAUGA